AGAGAAUGAGAACUCACUCAAAUUUACACUCUUAUGUAUCUUCAGCCUGCGAUCUAGAAUUCGAGAUUGGCUUUUUGACGGAGCGCAAGUCGACAAAACUACUGUCCCUUUUCAUAUUUUUUCUUUCUAUUCAUUCCGAAUCAUAUGGUCCACUACUACCAAAAGUAGCCGGCCGACAUAAUGCCGGCCAAGGUACUACAGGGAAUAGACCGAGAUGUCUAUCAAAUAAUCAGAAAACUUGAGGAUGAGCAUGAUCAAAAAAACCAAGCGUCAAAUAAGGAUGGUGGCAAGUCGCCCAGGUUUACUGUCUCAGGUGUUUACGACAUUGUCAAACGAUCGAAUUCCAGCCUUGCGCGCCUCAAGAAAAGGCCCCUGGAGAGUUCUAUCGAGCGAGUCCUUCGCCUACGAAAAGAAGAACGGAAAGAAUUUGAUGAGGAAGCCAGCCUAGAUGAAGCGCCACCCACGUCACCAAAGCGCAAGGAACGCGAUUAUUUCGUUAUGAACAAACACAUCUCAAAGUCUUGGGACUUACCUAGGAACACGCGAACGGCGUCUCCUGAAACAUCGGCCCCCGAAGCACCAGCUCCUGAAUCGACUGCUACGAAUGGGAACGUUUCUGGGGCUGAUGUAGCGACCGCAACAACCCCUACGGUUGAGAGGGAACCUAAUGGAGAGUCCAGAGCGAAAAGGCGAAGGUUCGAGAGACCUAAGGAGGAUCGUAGCCCCCCUACCGGAGUUUCUUUGCACGAUCUUGGUGGCAUGGAUGAUGCUAUUAAGAUCCUUGCCGAAUCGGUCACGUUUCCGAUGCGAUUUUCCGAAUUAUGUCUCAAGAACGAUUUGGAGGCUACUCGCGGAGUUUUGUUGCAUGGUCCGCCGGGAUGCGGAAAAACGAUGCUCGCAAAUGCAUAUGCUGCCUCUCUCGGCAUAGCGUUCAUACCUGUCUCAGCCCCCUCGCUUAUUGCCGGCCUAUCUGGUGAAUCUGAAAGGAAGAUCAGAUCGCUUUACGAGGAGGCUCAGUCGCUAGCCCCAUGUCUCAUUUUCAUUGAUGAGAUUGAUGCAAUAAUGGGAAAGAGGGAGAAUGCCUCGAGAGAAAUGGAAAAGCGUAUUGUAGCGCAAAUGCUUACUUGCAUGGACGACUCGUCGCCUCAGAAGCUGGGGGGGAAGCUCGUCGUGACAAUGGCCGCGACAAACCGGCCCGACAGCAUUGAUCCAGCACUUCGAAGAGCUGGGCGAUUUAACCGAGAGAUAAGUCUUGGAAUACCGAACGAAGCCGCCCGGGAAUCUAUUUUACGAAAAAUGCUUCACAAUAGCAAAGUCUCUCCCGAUAUAGACUACAAACUUCUAGCUAAGAGAACUCCUGGCUUUGUUGGUGCUGACCUGAAAGAUGUAGUCUCUGUUGCCAAGAACGAAAUGGCCAGAGCAACGAUGUCUGAACUCGCACAGACGGAACCCGUUGAGAUGGAUCUUGACCCUGAGUAUCAAAUAUCACCUGGGCUUCGGCUACAUCUCGCAAUAAUGUUGGCGGGGGAUGAAGCCGUAUCAGAGGAGAAAUUCGUAUUAACGAUGGAACACAUGCUCGAGGCGAUUGGCAAAGUUCAGCCAUCCGCCAAGAGGGAGGGUUUCACAACAAUACCGGACACGACCUGGGCACACAUCGGUGCCCUUCACGAUGUACGAAACCAGCUUAUGCUAUCAAUCGUAAAACCUAUACAAAAUCCAGAACGAUUUGCAAGCAAGGGUUUGGAAGCGCCCUCGGGUGUGCUUCUUUGGGGACCCCCUGGAUGUGGUAAAACUCUUCUAGCCAAAGCAGUAGCCAACGAAUCAAAGGCAAAUUUCAUUUCUGUCAAGGGUCCGGAGCUUCUUAACAGAUAUGUUGGCGAGUCAGAACGAUCUGUUCGUCAGGUCUUUAGCCGGGCACGUGCAUCAGCUCCGUGCAUUCUAUUUUUCGAUGAAUUAGAUGCGUUAGUCCCCCGGCGAGACGGAAAUGGACCGGAGUAUAGCGCUAGACUCGUGAACCAGCUCUUAACGGAACUCGAUGGGAUGGGUAGUCGAUUAGGCGUUUAUGUCAUCGGUGCUACCAACCGACCGGACAUAAUUGACCCUGCUAUCCUUCGCCCUGGUCGAUUGGGAACCAACAUCUUCGUUGACCUACCCGAUGCCACUGGAAGAGUCGACAUUCUAAAGACUCGAAUGAGGCGCCUGUUGCCCUCUUACACCGACUACCACAUUCUAGAGGCCGUAGCUCGCGACCCGCGAUGUAACGGUUUCAGUGGUGCUGAUUUGGACAAUCUACAUGUAGCAGCUGGUCAAGCAGCGGUGGAGCGUGCUGAUGUUAGAGGCCCGGACGUGAUCACACCGGAGGAUUGGGAAGUCGCCCUUACCAAGAUCAAGCCGAGUGUAUCGGAUAGCCACUCGAGUAAGUUUAGAGAACUUAAGGAGCUAGGCUGGGAAUGAUCUGUGACGCCUUGCGCUUAGUAGUUGGAUGGCAUGCGAGGAGUUUAGAUACCAAAGUCUGAACUGAUAGCGAGCAUCGUCGGCUGCGGCCGACCGUUCAUCUUAGUUUUUAUUACGUGUACCUACGAAUGAUACCAUAGCUGAAUCUUAAGUAAGCAGUCAUGAGUCA